AUGGCGGCGACAUAUCGCAUCCACCGUGUGGAAGACACUUCGUGGCUGAGCAUAUCUGCGCCUUAUGCGCGUUGCGGCGCGCAGUUUGGUUUUAUCUUUGCCCCUGGCUCCGAGAGAGGUGGUAUAAGACAUACAUCGCACUGGCAGCUCUCACACACGGCUUCGACUAACCAGCGCAAUGCUUCAUUUCAACGCCUAGACGAUGCGGAAAGCGCACAACACAGCCUUCAGAGACCGCUUUGCCUCUAUGCCAGGCCAAGAAAGAACAAAGGUAUGUCCAUAAUCUCCCAAUCGCCAUGCUGUGCAGUGGAAUCCUCGACUACGGAUGAACCACCUUUAACGGCACAAAAGCCGGAUGGCGGCAUUGAUGCAACACCUCCUGCUAAAGGCGCAGAAGAAGAAGCAGGGAUUAAGGUGGAGGCUGAUGUGGGAGUUCCCACUGAUGCCACAGCUCCCCCGAAGCGCAGGAGGGGGCGACCCAGAAAGGUUAAGGUCGAGGUAGAGGCCGAAGUUUUAGCCGCCACCGAUACUGACAGUAACAUUCCUACGCCCGAAGCAAUUGAUGAUAAUGCGUCUGUAGAACCAGAAAUUGGAGAUUCAGAUGCGGCCGAUGUGAUAAUGUCUGCGACCACUGCUGACGAAGGCGGUACGCAACAACCCACAGAUACUCAACAGGACCCUAUAAUUGACACAAAUCAGGAAAGUGAGGUUAAUCAAGACGAUCAUGCGGAUAUUGAAGCUGAGGAUGAUGUUGAACGCGCUGGUGAAGUAGAGCAGCACGAUGUGGUUGAUACUGCUACGGAGGAUACCGUGGAAGAAUCGCAAGGUGAUGUUAAAGAUGAUGAGGAAGAAAUAGAAGUUGCUGAGGUGACAACAAUUGCAGACGAACCUGUUAACAAUACGGACGAAGAAAUCGAAUCAGUGACCAAGGCGGAAAGUGCACCAGAAACCGACGUUGCCGCCGAGGAAACCGAGGGGGAUGAUCCCGACGAUCAGGAAAAUGUGGAUGCACCACCUAAAUCUGAUUCCAAGGAUACAGGGAGUUCGGAGGAAUCUGGGAGCAAGGGCCCUAAGACGUUUCUGCAGAUGUUGGAAGAGCAACUAGCAUCGCGGAAGACCCGGCUUCCGGAGUCAUUCUACGCAGAGGAAGUGUACAGUACGUUUGACAAUACGAAGCUUCCAGAGGGAGCUAAGACGCUGAUGGACUUCUACAACCUGCCGAAGAACUUCGACUUCAAAAGCAUGGUCGACCUAUCCCUCCACGGCACGGACGCGUUGGACACGCUGGGCGUCUACGGCACCAGCAAGCCGCAGAAGGCGGAGGAACCGGUGUACACCGGCAAGUACCCCGACAGCUUCUUUGAGACCAUCUUCCACUACGAGCCGGAGCCGAGGCGGUACACCACCGCUGAGGGCACCCCAGAACCCGUCGCAGUGGAACAGGUGUUCUACUCCCUGAAGGGCAAGCGACCCAGUGAUAUAGUGCCUCCCGAGAGGCAGUCGCCCGUGGAAAAGAUAAAGGAGGACUAUCUUAUGUUCGAUGUGCACGACUACCUCAAGCACUACCUGACUCAUCUAAACCAGUACAACUACCGGGUGCUGAGCAGCCACCACAAGAGGGACGACACUUUGAACCACUACCUCAACAACGAAUACAUCCAGUACAUUCCCAAGAAGUUUCCGCCUGAACCAGACCAUACGGAGAAGAUCAGGGCUUACUUCAUGGAUAUAUUGCCAGAGCUGAUGGACACCCUGGUCAACCUCAUCAAAAACGACCCCAACAAGGAUCGGACCCCUUCGCCGCCGUUGCACGAUAUGGACUUCGCGCCGGGUUUCAAACUGCCAGAUUACAUGCAGAAAGGCUACGAAACUGACGACGAGCGCACCAGCGGGUUUGAGGAAAAGGACUUCCUCAGGUUCUCCAGCCUCCAGGGUCUGCACGACCCGGAGAGGCACCUGAACUAUCCGUACGCGGACGUUGAGCCGCUGUACCAGCGCCAGCUGCUGUCCACGUACCUGGAUUUGGUAAAGACUGGCGAGCUGGGCGAACCGGAGACCUACAAGAAGUUCAAGGCUCAGGCCGCCAGCAUCAGGAACGAGCUGUACACCGACCGGACAAAGCUCCCCCAAGAGAUAUACGGCAGUGCGGGCGCCAAAGAAGGGAAAACCGCUCGUACACCAAUAGAGCGCACCACCAGGCUCACCAAGGUGUACGAGCGCGGGAGCCGGAAGCGCAGCGUUGCGCUAGUCUACCUGGAGCCAGGCAACGGGCACAUCAUCAUCAACAACAGGGAUGGGUACCAGUACGUCCGGUACUGCACGCAGCGCAUCAGGGAGAUGCUGGAGCCGUUGGACGUGCUCUACAUGUACAAGAAGUUCAACAUCGUCGCCGUUGCGCGUGGCGGUGGCAUAUCCGGACAGACGGGCGCCAUUAGACACGCACUCGCCAGGUACCUCACGAAGGUGCUGGCGCCCAAACUCGAGCCCUAUCUGUCGAUGCGUGACCUCACGAAGGCCGAUACGCGGCAGGUCGAGCGAAAGAAAACCAACUUGCGCAAGGCGCGUAAGGAGGAGCACUACUCUAAGCGUUAG